AUGGGUAAAACAGCGAUAUCAAACAACGAUGUCAACGGCGAUAAAUCGAUCUCGUUGUGGUGUCACGCAAAUAGUUUCGGUGUCUUGGGCGAGUUGCAUACUUCCUGUGGAGAAACCGAAGAAAGGCAACCUGAAAUUAUCUCAACCAGCAAGGCAAAACAUGAUGAACGGAAGUCUCGCACGGCGAAAAAGCGAGGGACUGUUAUCGUGGGAGAUUCCAUGGUCAAAGGCCUACAUCAACAUAAACUUGCAAAUUCGGUAAAUCAAAACGUCGGGGUGAGGUGCUUCCCAGAAGCGACUGUCCUUGACAUGAGCGAUUACAUUAAACCUGUAUUGCACAGAGAGCCAGAUAACAUAUUGUAUUACAUGUGGAAACAAAUGACAGGAAAACCAGAAAAGCAACGGAAAAAUGAACGAUAUCGACAAUUUAUGUCAAGAAAUCAAGGAAGCUGUCAAGAAAUCAAGGAAGUUGCAGAAUUAAUAAUCUCAAAAUUGAUCAACCGAGAAGACAAUAAGAAAUCUAAACAAACAGUGAUCGAAGUAAAUAAACUCUUAGAAGAUUACUGUACUGCAACUAAUUUAGGUCUAAUUACACACGAUAACAUAACGAGCACAUCGUUUAAUAGGUCUAAUUUACAUUUAAACAGAUAUGGAUCAUAG